UUACUUACAGUUCUAUGCUGCAAUCUCAGCCAUUCCACCCAUUCCAGACUGGGGUAUGAUGUUGUCCCAUCACGGAUGUCCCCCCAUCAGUUGUUCCUGUUUUCUUGUUGUUCCUGGCUAUUUACUAAUUGCUCUAGGGGAUUAACUAAAUUCCACACCUCUCUUUGCUGCCAUCUUACCCAGCCCCCUCAUUUAUUUUUUAGCAGAACUGGAUCCAGUUGUGCUGUGCAUACAAAUGUGUCAUUUUUAGCAUAGUCUAGAUCUAGCUCCAUGCCUGUUUAUUCUGUAAUCUCUACCCUGAGAAAGGGCAGAGUGACUUAGAAUGCAGUGUGUGGAGUGGUUGGGAAGGAUUGCUUCUGGCCUUAGACCUAGUGCUUGCUCUACUGGUGCGUCCUGGGUGUGACAUGCAAACUUGGACUCUGAAGGGUGGGUGUGGCCAGGAGUGGAUUUUCUGGAGGCCUUCGGUGGCUGUGAAGCAUAGGAAUCUUCUAGAGAGUCGUCUUCUCCCCCUCGGCUUCUUCUUGACCCCACUGUUGUGGUGUUGGGGGAUGUUUGCAGCUGGAACUCUUGAGAGGAUCGGGGUUCUGGGGAAAGUUCACUCUGUGGGCCAACCCCACAGAAGGUGUUCUGAGCUCUUUGAGCAGGUGCCGCAUUCCCUCCAGGGGAUGGUGGUCCACACGGGGUGCCUAUUGGGUAUUUGGAAACCAACUAAGAUAAAGCCACAUGUGAACAAGAUGAGCUUGUGAGGAGUGUGGGAAGAACAGGAAGUGCACCCGAGACCUGGUGGAGGAAGGAGGGAUCAAAUUCCCAAGGAUUCUUAAGCCAGGAAAAGUUAAAAGAGAGCAGGAAGAAGCCAAUGCCGAUACCACAGGUAAGAAAUACAGGCUAUAGGUAAUAGUAUAAUUGAAACUAAACUCAUAAAGAGUAGUCCUUCUAUUUCCUUAUGUUUGAUUGAUUUUCCAGGCUACAAAUGAUUGAGGGGCUUCUCUGUGCCAGGCUCUCGGACUGGUGCUGGGCUUCUGGCUUUGCAGGCAUUUCCUGUCUGUCUGUCUCCAUCCCUCCAUCCCUCAAGCUCCUGUAUGUUAAAGAACUAGCAUCCUCUAAUGUUUUUGUGGGCUGACUGCCUUCCUUUUCUUGCUUUUCUAGUGGAUGAAGGGUAUGAGGAAGUUGUGAUGAGUGAAGAACAACGAAUAGGGUGAUGUUUGUGUCCUUUGUAAGUGUGUGGUUCAGGAAAGACUCCAGCCCUACUGUCCACUGUUUGCUGUGUCACCUUUCUACAACAGCUGUGACAGCUGGCUGGCCACCUCUUCCACACUUAGUAGUGAUUGUGCUGGGAACUGGGCACGGUGCCUGAAGCCUAAGAUGAAAGCUGUCAUUUGUUUAUCUUUGCCAUGUUCGCCUGUGGAGGUUGCCUUGCUGGGCUGCUUCCUGAGCUGAAAGGGCAGCCCAAAGCCUGACUGAAUGCCAUCUGGUUGCCUCCUGCACACGUGUACUAAAGAAAGUCGCACAGCAGGGCUGAGAGGGGCCACCACAAAUUCAGACCAUCCUGCCCUGGUUGGGGGCACACCACUGCUGGCCAGCUUUUAAUUUUUUAAAUCUCUUUUAAUCUCCCCACUGCAUUCUUUGCAGAAUCUCUCUUUUUUUCUUUUCUAGCCUGUUCCCCACCUCCAGGGUAGAACACAUCCCUCACUUAAAUUAAGUGAGGACUGAGAUCCAGUCCUUCCGAUCCUCCAUCUCUCCCUCCGAAUUUCUUGGCUGCACCUCACCCAGUGGUUCUCCCCCUCUGGCUGCACACUGGAACCUCCCAGGGGGGCUUUGAAAAAAAUCUGUGCCCAGUCUCUGUCCCCUGAGCUAAUUCAGUCAGUAGCUCAUUAGUGAUCUAAUUCAAUUAGUAGUUAACUAGACAAGGCACUCGGAACAGGCAGGGUUGGGAGGCACUGCCCCAGCUUCUUUCUCCUCCCCUCUCAGCUCAAAGAUGUGCCCUUCCCUCCUCAGAUAACCCUCACCACCACGGAUCUCAGUUGCACCUACCCCCAUCUUGCACUGCAGUGGUGCAGUCUGUGCCUCGCUGCCCAGCUCCAUCGCCUACUUCCUGUGUGGCUUUGGGCAAGUGACUUUACAUCUCUGUCCCCUUGCAAAAUGGGUAUUAAGAAUACUGUCCCCACUUUGUAGGAUUGUUGGGGGAUUAAAUACAUAGCACACAGAGCAGUGCUUCUCAAAGCACUGGGGCACCCGGGCUCGGGGAGCAAAGAAACUUUCAGGGGUUCCACACGGUCCAAACUCUUUUCCUCAUGAUUCUAAGAUGUUGUGAGCAUUUUUCACUCUCAUUCCCUCAUGGGUGUGCACUGAAGUUUACAGAGGCCACAAGGCAUUCAAUAUCAAAAAGGCUGCGUGCAGAUGUGAGACUCCAGCUGCCUUCUGUUAAGCCAGAGGUGAAAGCGAGCCACAGACUGCCCCUCUGCUCACUAAAUUGUGUUAGUCUGAAAACACAGUUCUUUUCAUAAAGAUAUGUUAACGUUAUUUGUGUUUGCCUGUAAUAGUAUUAUGGGGUUAUUAUUACAUGAGUUAAUAAAUACUUCUUGAUUUCUCAGUUGAAUUUCUAACAUAAUAAAUAUUAACCGAUACAACCUACAUGAACAGAAACUCUUUAGGGUCCUCGAAAAUUUUUAAUUGUAUAAAUAGAGGAGAGCUUUUUGGUCCUGAGACCAAAAUGUUGUGGAGUAGCUGAAUUGGAGCCGUGCCUGGCCCUCAGAUGUGUGGGGGUGGGUGGCCAUAGUCCCCUGGGCUGGGGAGUGCAGGUUCUGAAUCUCCAGCGGAAGCCACCCGCCUUGCCCCAGCCUGCCCACUCCUUCCCCAUUUGCACAGUCUCUUCUUUCCCCAGUGCUGCCAGGAAUCCCCCGUCUGUCUGCUCUCCUCCCUCAGAGAUGUCACUCACCCUCCCCUGCUCCCAUUGCUGUCAGGUAACUAAUUGGUUAUGUUUUAAUAGCAAUACUUGUUUAUGGCAAAAAAAUUAAAACCUGCAAAGGGGGUGUCCAGUGAGAAGGUGAUGUUCCCUUGCCAGUGACCCCAAUCCUAGUUCCACUUCCCAGAACAAAAAGCAUUUGACCAGUUCUGUACCCCCAAAUUUUCUAUUCAUAGGCAAACAUAUGUAUUAUAUAUUUAUAUAGGUUAGUUUAUUCAUAUACCAACAUGUAAUAUAUUUCACUUAAUUUUCACAGAAAUUGAGCCGUCUCUAUACAAACUCUCCUGCCAAUUGCGUUUUUCUUGACUUUCCUUAUGAGUAUGCUUAGCCGUCUCUCCCCUCUCUCUUAUUCUCUCUUUCUCUCUCUAAUGGAAACCACACACAUGGAUGGUAACUAUUUAAAUACUUACAGUAGUGCCCAAAGAAGACUCUGAAUGGGACACUGCCCUCCCGUCCCAGACCCCUGCUUCCUUCAACAGUCCCUGGUGGUGUCUUUCCAGAAUUUUCCAUGCACAUUCGUAGGUUUAGAAAGAAGCUAUGUGCAUCUUUUCAUAGCUACCCAAAGGGGUCUCUAAGAUUCACUUUGUUGUGUAAUGUUUCUCCCCAGGGAGGGAUCUGUCUACCCCAGGGUGUGGACAUGCACACACAUUCACACGUGCGUAUAGGUGUAUAGGGGUGUGUGGAGGGCAUCUGUGUCAUCAUCUCUAAUCUGGAUCGCUACAGUAGCCUGGGGGCGGGUUUCCCGGUCCCACUCUCGCCCCCUGCAGGCAGCUGUCAGCCAUGCAGCCGGGACCCACUCGCGAGAGCAGGGGUCCCAGACCUCUUUAACACCCACUGAAGGCUAUGGACGCCUUCCCAGGAAAAAGUGGUCACAGAUGCAUAAAUCUAAAUACCCAGAAUCACAAGCGAAAUCCCGUUGUGUUGAAAUACAGUUAUCAAGAGUAUUUUAGUAACCGUGUGAAUCCUAAUUCAUGCCACCACUUUCUCUGCAGCCGCUCCUGUCUUCUGGCCAGUCUGGCCCAGCUAGCCUUCUGCGGGCAUCACCACAGCAUUCCCUUGCAAACCGCCGCACCCCUCUCUUCGUCCUGCAGCAUAAAUCUUCUAACUGGACGGAAAGAUGUCAACGUACUCUGACCACGAUGUGACCAGACGCCCCAGCAAUAUCCACCAUCAGGUGUGCAACUUAGCUGCUGCCAUCGUGGGUUGGAUCCUGGCCACCAUCUCCAUGGACAUGGCAGAGUGGAGAGACUGGAGUCUGAGCACCCCGGUGUCACCCUCCAAUCUAGUCUACGUGGGCAUGUGGCAGGUGUGUUUUCACCACAACAUCAGCAGAGUCUGGUUUUGUCACCAUUACACCUUACAUGAACACUACCUCCCGCUUGACAUCCGCGUGGCUCAACAUCUCCUGGUGGUUGCCAGCCUUCUAGGGCUCCUGGGGAAAGCCUCCACCAUCUUUAUCAUUAGAAAUCUACUGAAAGGAAACCUUCAGAGGAAUGCCACCCGAAUUGCAUCCGUGGCCGCGGGGAGUCUACAUCUAGCCGCUGGCAUCUGCACCUCAGCCACCAUGGUGUGGAACUUUUCCAUGGUGAUGAAGGAAGAGGGAAUCUCAUUUCCAUCAGAUUUUCAGCUGCCAUUCAAGCCAGAUGCUCAGAGAGUUGGGUUUGCCAGUGCCGUGGCAUUCGUGGCCACCCUCCUGCUGCUGAUGAGCGGGGUUUCUUCCCUUAUGUCCCGAUUUCCCCACAACAGCGAAGUGCAUCCCAGGGUCUCAGACCCAUGAGCUUACUGGUUGUGUUGGCUUUGCCAAUUCUUGGUUACCAGGGGAAGGUCACCCUGGUGAUCCACUUAUUUUCAGGUUGAAUUAAGGAACUUUCAUUAAAAAGAAAAUCUUGCCUCCCUGCCAA